AUGAUAGUGAAGCUUGCCGUAGACAGGAACCAUCAGCCCGCCUGUCCAAAGAUCCUCUACAGAACCAGUGGAGACAACAGAGUGUUUCCUAAAAUCCAUCUGGAUCCAGUGGAUCAGAGUUAUGUGUAUGCGGCGUUUAAAAACCAGGUGAAGCACGUUCCGGUCUCAAACUGCGGCGCUCACCAAAAUGUGAAGGAUUGUCUUUCUGCACAGGAUCCAUUCUGUGUCUGGUGUUUGACUGAAAAUAGAUGUACAUUUAAAGACAAAUGCAAAGAUGGAGAUUGGUUUUCCAUCCCUGAUGAAUCCAAGCAGAAGUUAGUUUCUCAUAUAGUCAUGCAGGACUCCACAGGAGAGAUCAAACUUAUCAUUCAGACACAUCUGACCCUGAAGCAGACGGUUCCGCCUAGAUUCGCCUGUCAGUUCUCAUCCUCCAUCCACCAACUUUUCAAAGAAACCGGACCACCACCUCAGUACCCACGAUGCACCCGCAUUCUAAACAACACCUCUCCUCCUGAUGAUGUGGAUGUCGAUAUAAAGAUCAGACUUGGAAGAACAACCCUGGCAGACCAAAUAAAGGUGUCCAACUGUUUAAAUAUCACUGGGGAGGCAAGUCUUCACCUGUGUCAGCGGUGUAUCAGAGCCGGCUGCGGAUGGAGACAGAACCGCUGCUCCUGGGCCACUGAUCCAGUCCAGAAUGAAAGCAUUUGUGAAAACAUGGAGUUUAAGAAAAGCUUUUCUAACCCAGAGAUCUCCUCCAUUUCUCCCAGCGUUGUGUCUUUCUAUGGCAGAAAUCAUGCUGUUCUGUCGGGUCAUAACCUCAGAGAUGUGACCAGAGUCAGGAUUCAGGACCACAUGGGCUGUGAUCCAAAGGAAUCUGCUGUGCUAAACAACAACGGGUCCAGCCUGAUGUUCCAUGUCCCCAGUGCAGAAAUGAAAGGCAUGGCCAAAGUUUGUGCUCUCCUUCUAGAUGGAAGCUGCCAUGGCAACCUCGCUAUCACCUAUCAGUCAUCACCCACCUGCAGCGACAUUGUACCAGCCAUCACCUGGAGAAGUGGGAAGAGGAAGGUCACUCUUAUUGGUACCAGCAUGCAUUUGGUGGACGGUGUCACACACAGCUCCACCCAACAGGAAGUCAUUCCUUACUGGAGCAGAAGUUAUCAGAAUCUCACCUAUGAAACACCUGCAGAAACGGAUACUAGGAUGUUACGUAGCCCUGUGUUUCUGAAAGUAGCCAAUGAGACACUGAAAUGCAAUAAAGAAAUAGUUUACUAUCCUGACCCAGAGUUCAACGGCUUCACAGCCGUGAAGGAAGGGAUGAAUAUCCGCAUCAGUAUUCAAAAAAAGGCAGAUAAUCUGGAGAUGAAACCAGAAGAGUUGGAUGUUUGGGGGAUUGAUGGUAAAAAGCAACAUCAAUGCAACAAUAUAUUCAAAGAAAGUGGCAAAGAGACAGAAACUUUCAUCUGUGAGAUCGAAGGAAUGCAGAACUCUGACUUUAAACAGGUUCAGAUUAAAUAUGGAGGAAAGUCUCUAACCCUGAACCAGUCAUCUCAACUUCCACUUUAUGUACUACUUGUCAUUCUCCUGAUACCUGUCCUCAUUACUGUGGUGUAUUUUAUCUAUCGAAAACGAAGAAAGCACACUGCUGUGACAGACGAGUCGAUGGGAGACCUGGAGUUCGACAAUAUGGAAGACUAAUACUUGGAGCAGAGCCCUGCAGAAGGCUGCUGGUGUCUUCCUGAAACCCUGCUGACUGCCUCUUUGGGUCCCUGAGCAAAUGGCCCCAGAUUGCUCCCUGGGUGCUCCAAGCUGCCCGUUGCUCCCUAAGGAAUGAAUUGAAUGCA